AUGCCGAAUCUCACCGACCCCAAACUAUUAGCCUCCAUGACGCAAGCCAUCUCCGACGUCUCCCAAGCCCGAUCAGUCCUCAGCCUCAUGGGUGACCGUCCCACGCACGAGGAAGUAGACACCGCGAAAGUCAAGCUCAUCGACCUGGAAGCCCAUCUAUCGCGCCAAUUGGAAGAGAUCGUGAGCCUCCCUAGGCCACCUGAGAUCGACGAACAACAUUGGAGGAUUCAUGUAACGGAAAGAGAGACGCAAUGUAGAGACUCUGCUGAAAAAGAGAAGCUCGUUUAUAAGUCCUUGUUGCAAAGAGAUGAGAUGCACGAUGCUUAUGAGAAGCUUCUGAAGGACGCGGAGACGAGGCUUGUGAAGAUUUAUGAAGACGAUGAUGGUGGUAACGGUAAUGAAGGUGACGUGGGUGAGGAUGGUGAAGGCGGAGAGCAUGUUAAGAGGAUGUUGCAGGAGGCGCGUGAGAAAAAUGUUGAGCGAGUGGAUCUUUCGCGGCAACACUUGAAAGCCUUGCCCGAGGCUUUUUGUCAGAUUUCUUCUUUGGUGGUGCUCAAUCUCUCUACUAAUCAGCUUUUGUUGAUUCCUGACACAAUAUCUGGAUUGCAAAAUCUUGAGGAGCUUAAUAUCUCUACCAAUAUUUUGAAGUCACUUCCAGAUUCAAUUGGCUUCUUACAUAAGUUGAAAAUCCUCAAUGUCUCUGGCAAUAAGUUGACUUCCCUUCCUGAUUCCAUCAGCCAGUGCAGAUCAUUGGUGGAGCUGGAUGCAAGCUUUAAUAGCCUAUCAUAUUUGCCAACAAACAUUGGAUUCGAAUUACAGAAUUUACAGAAGCUCCUGAUUAGUUUAAACAAGAUACGAUCCCUUCCCUCGUCUGUUUGCGAGAUGAAGUCAUUGCGCUAUCUAGAUGCUCACUUUAACGAACUCCACGGGCUUCCUAACGCAAUCGGGAAACUAACUAGUCUUGAAAUUCUCAAUCUGAGUAGUAACUUCAGUGACCUUCAAGAACUACCAGAGACAUUCAGCGAUCUGACUAGCCUAAAGGAAUUGGAUCUUAGCAACAAUCAAAUUCACGCACUUCCUGAUACAUUUGGUGGCCUUGAUAGUUUAAUCAAGCUAAACUUGGAUCAGAAUCCUAUUGAAUUGCCACCUAUGGAGAUUGUAAAUGAAGGUGUGGAGGCCAUUAAGUCUUACAUGGCCAAGAGGUUGAUUGAGUUAUUGGCUGAGGAAGAGAGGAAAAAGACGACUGAGUUGCAAGAACAAGGAGAGGGCGCUUGGUUAACUCGAAGUGCCUCCUGGUUGAAGAAUGUUUCUGGAAAUGUAACUGAGUAUAUUGGAAGUACCAUGUCCCCGCGAUCCCCGAGAUCUCCCAGAGAUAAUUUUCUUAAUCAGCAACUAUGA